UCUCGCCUACCAGCAUAAAAAUCUUUUUCGUAAGUGAAAGAUCUGAAUCACAUAAGUCUUAGACAGAUUUGACAUCGACACAACAAAUCCUUCUUCCUCCUCUUCCACCACCCUUGAGAAGACGGGAUAAUCUUUACUAUGGGAACGUGGGCUGUGUGGGUAAAUGACUGGACGUGAUAGCGAGUGGAAAAGGAAAGGAAAUGAAAUGAAGGAAAGCAACAUGAGCCUCCGUAGCCCAUAGCAACUGCUGCUAUAUAUAACAUCAUGGGUUCAGUUUACCAAAAAACGUCAGAAGACUGUUUUAGAAAUUUAAAAAUCUACUUUUCAUUAUAGAAGUUUUCGUGUUUCAGCGCCGACCUCGACAACCUUUAGCAGCUGUCUAGGUUCUUGGCUUUCGCCACGAGAUAAACAAUAACCCAGAUGGUUUAAAAUUUGAUGGAGGAAUGCCAAACAAUGUCUGCAUCACAGAAACAUGGAAAGCCUUGCUUACCACGAGACGGAAGACAGAAUAAAAACAUUACGAUAUGAAGACUCUAUGAGAAACAUAAGGAGUCAUCGAUACCAUCUGAGAGAAGAACCGGAAUGGAUAAAAUAUUAAGAAGGAAGAAGAAUGGACGAAAAAUAAAGCCAUUUCAAAGGAGGACUGGCUUUGGUGAAUAUGGAACAACCCAGGCCCAGAAUCCUCAUAGUAUUUGAUUUUGACCAUACAUUAGUAAAUGGUAACACAGAUACAUGGAUUACAAAGCUACAUGAACCAACAAUGGCUGCCAUUAAAAUUAACAGAAAGAGGGGCUUGUGCUGGACAAAUAUCAUGGAUCUAGUGUUCCAACAACUACAUGAACAAAACUAUUCUAGACAAGAUCUUGAAAAAUGCUUGGAAACACUGAAGUUUAUCGAAGGAAUGAAGGAAACCUGUGAACAUAUCUGUGACAGUAAAAUCCCUGCGAUCAUUAUUUCUGACUCCAAUACAUACUUCAUUGAUCAUCUACUGAAGAGAGACAAUUUAAGCCAUGUUUUUUCACAUGUAGCUACUAAUCCUGCUCAGUGGAAUGAAAAUGGUCGCCUUCAAGUUACAAGAUACCAUAGCCACGGCUGUAGCUUUUGUCCAAAGAAUUUGUGCAAAAAGGAGGUGCUGACUAAUUAUGUAACUGAACAAAUGAAAGAGAAUAAUCCAUUUGAUCAUAUUAUUUAUGUUGGUGAUGGGAAAGGAGACUUCUGCCCUGCAUUAUCUCUUGAGAGUAAGGAUUAUAUCUUGGCAAGAGAAGAGUACCAGUUGCUUGAUCUACUGAAGGAACAGUCAGUCAAGUCUGGAGUGGAAGCACAGAUUGUCCCUUGGACUUCUGGAUUUCAAGUUUUGGAUUUGGUUAAAAAGUUGUGCAACAAUUUCAAAAAGUGAUUAAGUAUACCUUAAUAAAUAAAUUUAAAAUGGUUGAUAAAUGAUUGGAAGCUUGCAAGUAAAAUUUCUGUUAUAAUUAUGAAAUAUGUACAAAUUUACAUAUUGAUUAAUGCACAUUGUAAUUGUACAAUGAGUUAAAAUUGCAAGGGUGAUAACAAAUGGACAUUCACAAGCUAUAGAAUCAAAGUUGCAAAGCACUUUGAAGCACAUUGCACCAGCGUCUUAUUUUGGCAUUGUACAAUCAUAGAAAUCAUUCAAAAUAAUAAGCAUUAUCUCUUCUUACAACCAGUGGCACGUCAUCAUAUGUACAAUCAUAGAAAUCAUUCAAAAUAAUAAGCAUUAUCUCUUCUUACAACCAGUGGUACGUCAUCACAUGUUGUACAAUUGGGUUUGUGGAGUUUUUUAACUACAUCUUUUAUGCACUUUGUUUUGUACUGUUUCCAGUUAUAGUCAUCUAAGAAACCCUUGAAUGCUUCUUGUUGUGUUGGGAAAGACUUCAUGAGCCUCUGUCUCAUUUCUUCCAUAUAUUUUCCUCUGUCUCUCUUCAGCAAAGCUAAGUGGUUGAUUAGGACACAACUAACCUAUAAAUAUAAUAACAAUAUCUUCAGUUUAAAUUCAUUUGUUAACUCAGGGACUACAAAGCCUCCAAAUAAAUAAAAUAAAUCAA